AUAUACAUGUAGUACCAUCUCAAAAGGAAGAAACGAUCCCAAAGACGGAGCUAAGUCUUCCUCUUCCCAUUCAGCUCCUAGGGUUUCGAUUCGGUCUCCUCCGUCCACUCUUCUUCCCUCUUUGUUUGGACAAAAUCGCUGGAGAAUGCCACAUCCGACGGCUGCAGAUCGCAGGCUGACGAGCGGAUUUGGCGACAAUGGGUUGGGCGGCGCUGGGUUACUAAUUUGGACGUUGCUGCGGCCGUGCAGUUUGGGGACUGGAAGUGGAAGGUGAAAGUUUCUCUCGCCGUGGCUAUGAUUUGGGAGGCCGACAAUCAGCUCGAGCGAUUGGAUCAUCGUCUAGUCUCCGCGAGACCCGCUUGAAAGAAAAGAUGUCGCACGCCAGAGCUAGAGAUGCCUGCAGCUUCCUUGCAGUGACGACCGGCGGUAGAAGUUCGAUGAAUGCUUCCGAGGAUCACCCGACGCGUUCCUCUCUGGAGCAAGCAUCCUCGGGGUAUCUGGAGGUCCAUACCCUGCAAAGUCCGAGUAAAGAUGAAUUUCGUCGGGCUAUGGAGUCGCGCCGGCCUGCUUUCGUGUACUUGCAAGGAGAUCAGCUUAAGGAUGAUGUAGUGUCUCUAGCAACGAACGGCACUAAUUGUGUCACUGCCGACUCUAUAGUUGGGCUGUUGGGCGACACAUUGCCUGUCGCUAUUUACCUGGAAAUUCCACAUGGGAAAAAAUUGGCUGAGGCACUUCAUUCUAAGGGGAUACCUUAUGUGAUAUACUGGAAUUAUUUGGUCCCUUGCCCUGCAGCUUCUCAUUUCCUUCAUGCUUUAUUGUCAGUACUGAAGAGUUCAAGGGCUCAUGUAUGGGAUGCUUUCCAGCUUGCCCAUGCUUCAACUAGUUUUUACUGUCUACAAAAGAGGAGUGUCUCUUCUGAUGAUAAGACCAAAGCCAGAUCUGACCUAGGACUGGAUCUUCUUGGGAUCCCUCCUGAAAUUGUUGUUUCGUACCCUGAGGAAGAAAUCGCGGAGGAAAGAGAUGAUUUGAGUUCUCUGCCUGCAGUUAAAAUACAUGAUGAAGAUGUGAGCUUGAGGUUUCUUAUUUGUGGUGUUCGAUCUAGUAUGGAUGCAGAAUUGUUGGGAUUAUUGGAGCAUGGUCUCAAUGCCCUCUUGACUAUUGAAAUGCGAGGAAGCAAGCUCCUCGGAAAAUUUAGUGCGCCUCAGCCACUUUUUGACACAGAGACAUUCUCUCGCGAUGUCGUGACCAUGCGCUGCGAUCUAUCCACCUCUAGUUAUGCUCACAUCUCCCUGUUGUUGUCGGGUAAUACACAGACUUGCUUCACCGAUCAGCUAUUGGACAACCACAUUAAAAAGGAAAUCAUUGGGAGUCAACUUGUUCACUCACCGCUUAAUACCGAGGAGAAUAAACUGCCAUUAUCUGAACCUCGGUUAUCUGCUUCAGUAGCUUGUGGGGCUCCAGUGUAUGAAGUUUCGAUGGAUGUUCCUUCUUGGGCUUCUCAGGUCCUAAGGCAGUUAGCAUUGGAUGGUUCGCAUCAUUGUUUGGUUGCUCUUGGGAUUGCCAGCAUUCAAGGAUUGGCAGUUGCUUCUUUUGACAAAGACGAUGCUGAACGUCUAUCCCUCUCCAAUUCAGAGGAGUGUAAAGAAGUUUUCUCAAGUGACAGCUUUGUUGGCACUACUCCUGUUUGGUUAAGACCUCCUGCUCCUAGUAGAAAGAGGACUGAACCAUGCCAAGAUGCAAGUCCGGACUCUCACCCUGAGCAGACAGUUGCAUACGCAGGUGCUACUUUGGACAAAGACGGUGAGUAUAAAGACACUAUAGAUAGUAACUUGAGUGGGCUUCCAGCUCGAGGAAGACUUAAACUUGCAGCUUUGAGGCCUGUCCCUCAUAUUCAUCAGCGCAAAAUGCAAUUCAUAUGUGAAACUUCUCAAAGAGACGGUUAUGACGAUGGGAAAGUUCAAGAAAAUUCUGUCUUCCCCCCUGUGAAGCAGAGGGUUGUCCGACCAUCUUCAGUUUAUAGGAAGUCAUCUUCAAGAACCUUUCAGGCUAGGCAAAUUAUCUCCUUGAAUCCCUUGCCUCUCAAAAAACAUGGUUGUGGCAGAAGUUCUAUCCAAGUUUGCUCUGAGGAGGAAUUCCUCAAGGAUGUAAUGCACUUUUUGACUGUUCGAGGACAUGCUCGACUUAUCCCUCCAGGUGGUCUUGCUGAGUUCCCAGAAGCCGUGCUCAAUGCAAAGCGUCUUGACCUCUAUAACUUGUAUAAAGAGGUGGUUUCAAGGGGAGGCUUUCAUGUUGGCAAUGGCAUCAACUGGAAAGGACAAGUCUUCUCAAAGAUGAGCAACUAUACAAUGACUCAUAGGAUGACUGGGGUUGGGAACACGCUCAAGAGACACUAUGAGACAUACCUCCUUGAGUACGAGUUGGCUCACGAUGAUGUUGAUGGAGAGUGUUGCUUGCUGUGUCACAGUGGCGCAGCUGGGGACUGGGUUAACUGCGGCACGUGCGGGGAGUGGGCCCACUUUGGCUGCGAUAGAAGGCAAGGUCUCGGUGCUUUUAAGGACUAUGCCAAAACCGAUGGACUGGAAUAUGUAUGCCCGCAGUGCAGCAUCACAAGUAUGAAGAAGAAACCACACAGAAGCAGUAACGAAAUCGCCAAGGCUUACUAAUCAUUACUUAUUACCACUUGCCAAACACCUCUUCUUCUUUUUUUUUUUUCUUGUUACCAUUCUCUGAAGAUCAGCUUGUAACAUGUUUUCUUCUCUCUCAGAUAUAGGACUAGUACAUAUUUCUGUUAUGCUUUCGUUUUAGUUUUUUUUUUUUAAUUGAGGUAUUUAUAUAUCCGGAGCGCCCCAAUUUUUUAUUAGCAGGGGUCAUGCUCAGAGUCGAUGUACUUGAGUGAAAAAAUGCGUAAUCGUUGGCCUGACCUUCUCAUUUA